AUGUCAGCUCGGUACGCAAAGGUCCACGCCAAGCCGUCCGGCCCAGGCGACGCCCGUCCCACUGCACUCCAAAUCAUCGCCGACGAAGGUGCUGCCGGGAAGCUCCAGGGAAAGAACGUCGUCAUCACCGGCGCCUCUGCUGGCCUGGGUGUCGAGACAGCCAAAGCUCUUUACGAGACGGGUGCGACGCUCAUCCUCACGGCGCGCAACCUCCCCAAAGCCCGCGCCGCCCUCGGACCGCUCGCCGAGGACACGAGCCGCGUGCACCUCGUGGAGCUCGACCUCAACACGCUCGCGAGCGUGCGCGCCGCCGCCCCGCGCAUCCUCGGCCUCUGUGGCGGGAAGCUGCACCUCCUCAUAGCCAACGCGGGCAUCAUGGCCGUGCCCGAGGGCCGCACCGCCGACGGCUUCGAGCUGCAGCUGGGCACCAACCACCUGGCCCACUUCCUGCUGAUCACCCUGCUCACGGACGCGCUGCUCGCCGCUGCCCCCGCGCGCGUCGUCAUCCUCUCCUCCAUCGGCCACCGCGCCUCCGAAGUCCACUUCGACAACCUCAACCUCGACGGCGAGUACGACCCGUGGGUCUCGUACGGCCAGGCCAAGACGGCGAACCUCUGGACCGCCGUCGAGCUGGAGCGCCGCUACGGCUCGCGCGGCGUGCACGCGUUCGCGGUGCAGCCCGGCGGCGUGCCGUCGUCCGGCCUGAUGGACCACCUGCCGGCCGACGCGAAGGCGGCCGUCGAGGCCAACGAGGAUCUCGUGCACCAGUUCAAGUCGCUGGAGCAGGGUGCCGCGACAACGGUGCUGGCGGCGCUGGCCAAGGACCUCGAGGGGAAGGGUGGCCUGUAUCUCGAGGACUGUCAGGUUGCAGCCCCUUGGGAUCCCGCGAGCGGCCCCUGGGCGCCGGGCUAUGCUUCUUGGGCAUAUGAUGAAGAGAAGGCUCAGAAGCUUUGGGACAUUUCUACCAAGCUCGUGCAACCAUAA